AUGAGAGCUUCGUCGGCGAUACGCCACACCUCAACCAAGCCCAGUACCUUCAUCGCAUUAUCUUCUCCGGUGUCCAACUCGCGAAGGGCACUAUCAACAACAGCAUCCGUCCAUGCUUCCUGGCCGACCACUCACUCAAAAAUCUCAAACCCCUCUCCUACACAGAACUUCAUCGACAACAAGUUCACCUCGUCGUCGGCAGCCAAAUGGAUCGAUGUCCACGAUCCUGCCACCAACAACGUCGUAACACGCGUUCCAGAGAGCACCGAUGAGGAACUUCGCGCCGCCGUUGAGAGCGCUCAGCGCGCCUUCCCAGAAUGGAAGGCAACGAGCAUCUUGCGCCGCCAGCAGAUCAUGUUCAACUUUGUGAACUUGAUCCGCAGAGACUGGGACCGUCUCGCUGCGUCUAUCACGCUUGAGCAGGGAAAGACCUUUGCUGAUGCGCGAGGAGAUGUUCUUCGUGGCCUCCAGGUUGCGGAAACGGCCUGUGGAAUCACAACUCAAAUUACCGGCGAGGUUCUCGAAGUGGCCAAGGACAUGGAGACUCGGAGCUAUCGCGAGCCUCUUGGUGUUGUUGCCGCCAUUUGCCCCUUUAACUUCCCUGCUAUGAUUCCAUUGUGGUCUAUUCCGAUAGCUACUGUAACAGGAAACACAUUGGUCCUGAAGCCUUCAGAAAGAGACCCAGGUGCCGCUAUGAUUCUUGCCGAACUAGCCAAGGAGGCCGGUUUCCCCGCUGGCGUUAUCAACAUCAUUCACGGUACUCACCGUGCCGUCAACUUCAUCCUCGACGAGCCCGCAAUCAAGGCCAUUUCUUUCGUCGGCGGAAACGCUGCUGGAGAAUACAUCUACACCCGCGGCUCCGCCAACGGCAAGCGCGUCCAGGCCAACCUUGGCGCAAAGAACCACGCUGUUGUGCUCCCCGACAGCAACAAGCAACAGACCAUCAACGCCAUCACCGGUGCCGCUUUCGGCGCGGCCGGUCAGCGUUGCAUGGCCCUCAGCGCUCUCGUCCUAACGGGUGCCGAAACUCACUCCUGGGUUGACGACCUCGUCGCGUCCGCCAAGCAACUCAAGGUGGACGGCGGCUUCGAAGACGGUGCCGACUUGGGUCCCGUCAUCAGCCCUCAAAGUCUUGCCCGCAUCGAGUCUCUCAUCGAGAGCGCCGAGAAGGAGGGCGCCAAGGUCGUUCUCGACGGACGAGGAUACCGUCCCUCCAAAUACCCGAACGGCAACUUCCUCGGACCGACCAUCAUAACCGGCGUCAAGCCGCAUAUGAAGUGCUACAAGGAGGAAAUCUUUGGGCCCGUGCUGGUGGUUCUCGAGGCCGAUAGCCUUGCAGAGGCCACACAGCUCGUCAACGAGAACCCCUACGGCAACGGUGUCGCGCUCUUCACAAACUCGGGUGCGUCCGCGACCUGGUUCCAGAAGCAUGUCGAAGCUGGCCAGAUCGGCGUCAACGUCCCUAUCCCCGUGCCCCUGCCCAUGUUCAGCUUCACCGGAAACAAGGCCAGUAUCGCGGGAGGCGGCGUCAACACUUUCUACGGCAAGCCUGGCCUGAACUUUUACACUCAGACCAAGACGGUUACGAGCUUGUGGAAGCUGGGAGAUGAUGAGGCUGCCAAGGCGAGCGUUGUGAUGCCGACGCAGAAUUAG